UUUACAACACAUUACACGUCUUCAUAGAUCAAGAUAUCAUCAAAAAAUGCAUAAUAAAAUGUUCGCAAUCGGUUGCAGUCUGUUAGUGUUUGUGAUUAUCUCCGUGAAUGGCCAAGAUGAUUACCUGCAGGAUGCGGCGCAAAGUUGUCAUCGGGAUCGAGAUAUGAUCUCCUGCGGGAAGUAUAAUUUGCUGCGAUUCCUGGAUACGGCUGGGAGUGCGACGGUUCUGGAGACGAAUACCAGCUAUCCGGUGCAGUUAGUGAAAAUUCACGAUCCGGAUGAAAGCGGGAGCUUCUUCAAUGAGGGACGUGCCUUGGCCAAUGAAGGAGAGUUUGGGAAAAUGUUGCAGUUUUUGCAGAAACGUGCAGAUCGGUUUUUGAGGACCCAGGGGAUCACUGUACCGCUACCGGAUGGUUUUAGGGUUAUUGAUGAUGACGACAACAACGUCGAGGGGUGGCCUGGGCUUUUCGCAAAAAAAGCUCGUGGACGUGUCGGACCUAAAAAGCGUGGAUUGAUCUCCCUGCUCACCCUCUUCGGAGUAUUCAAAGUGAAAGUACUGUUGGCCUUGGCGCUGCUCGGCAUCUUCUUCAUCAAAAAGAUCUUCCUCAUUGGCGCGCUCGUCCUACCCAGUAUUCUACACAAUCUGAAGGCGAAGUGUGCGCAUGUGCUGCCACCACACCACAUCGGCCACAGCGGUCAUGGUGAGGAAUAUCAUGACGAUUACUAUGGUAACUACGGACAUAGUGGGUAUAAUAAGGAAUGGGAGCGAAGAUAUAGAGUGGCCGCUGCUGCGCAAGCAGGUGCUCAAGGUGCUUGAUCGCGUGUGCAAAACGUGCUCAAUAGUCGCUACAAGAAGGACAUUAUGUUAAAGUUGAAUGCGGUGUUUUGUUUUUUCAUGUUUACUGUUUACUGUGUAAAAUGGGCGAGGACAAAGAAUGAUUGCCACAAACUCGCACAUUUUCGACCUUCUUGAGGUAUUCUCUAGGUGUACAAACAGAUCUUCUGGAUUACAAAAAGUGUUUAUAAUAAUAUUCGAUUGUUAUUUGAAAAGAGAGAAAGAGGACAAUUGACAACGCAGUGACGGAAAUGUUUAUUUAUUUUUGUUUAUGUUUAUGUUAUUGCGUGUGUAAGUUAUUUAUUUAUUUAUUGCCGUUUAUUGUUUGAAAUUUAACUGUAUUGAAAAUGGAAAUACAUUUUUGUAAUUAACGCAA